CACCAUCUGUGUUGAAGAUUGAUUGUUACUUUUUAUGCAGUCUUCAUUUUGUUUUAAUUUUGUAACGUGGCUGUGUUCCUAACUCAACACGUAUCCCACUCACUCUCACUCUGUUAUUCUCCGCAUUCGCGCACCGAUACCCGCCGGAUUGCUUCCGGAAGUAGCCUGGAUCUAGAUUAGAAGCCGAGUCAGUAGGAUAUGGUAGCGCCGACGAUGCCGAAGCCGGAUGAGGCAAGUUCUUCUACGAGCUCCGGAGAAGUUUCCGUCAAGUUUGAAGAAGAUACUCCGGAGGUUUCUGGUGCCGCAUUUGAUAGAAGCGCCGAUGCUUCCGUCUCCAAUGGAGCCGCCAGCGGUUCUUCUGGGAAUGCGAGAGCUAAUUUUCCUAGGGGAAAUACUAUGCCGCCUGAAAUCUUGAAAUCCGAGAAAAUAGAAGUGCCGCAGGGGUUAGAAAGGUCGAGGACAGAGAGGGAGAGAUGGAGUACUAAUGUUCAUGCUGAAGAGGCUGCUCAGAUUUUUGAUGAAUGUAUUCCUGUGCAGGAGAAGCUCAAAUUGUUGAACAGAAUUGCUACAGUUAAAGAUGAUGGAACUGUAGAAUUUGAAGUUCCAGUUGAUGUUGAACAUCGUAGCCUUGCAGCUGGCUCCAAUAGCGUACAUACAGAAGUUGAUGAGGAGGUUCUUGAUGCAACAGACAUUCAGUAUAUUCCACCAUUGCAGAUUGUAAUGCUAAUUGUUGGAACUCGUGGAGAUGUGCAGCCAUUUGUUGCAAUUGGAAAGCGACUACAGGAUUAUGGCCAUCGUGUUAGAUUGGCCACUCAUUCAAAUUUUAAAGAGUUUGUCUUGACAUCUGGAUUGGAAUUCCAUCCUCUUGGUGGGGAUCCAAAAGUUCUUGCCGAAUACAUGGUAAAAAACAAAGGGUUCUUGCCUUCAGGGCCCUCAGAAAUACCAAUCCAAAGAAAUCAAAUGAAAGAGAUAAUAUAUUCACUGCUUCCAGCAUGCAAAGAUCCUGAUAUGGACACUGGGAUUCCUUUUAAAGCAGAUGCAAUUAUUGCCAAUCCUCCUGCAUACGGUCAUACCCAUGUUGCUGAAGCAUUGAAAGUACCAAUUCAUAUAUUUUUCACAAUGCCUUGGACGCCCACAAGUGAAUUCCCACAUCCUUUGUCUCGUGUUAAGCAAUCAGCUGGAUACAGAUUGUCGUAUCAGAUUGUAGACUCCUUGAUUUGGCUAGGAAUUCGAGACAUGAUUAAUGAUCUUAGGAAAAAAAAGUUGAAGCUGCGGCCUGUCACAUAUUUGAGUGGUUCACAAGGUUCUGAGUCAAAUAUUCCACAUGGAUAUAUCUGGAGCCCUCAUCUUGUUCCUAAACCAAAAGAUUGGGGACCCAAGGUUGAUGUCGUUGGAUUUUGCUUCCUUGAUCUUGCGACAAAUUAUGAACCACCUGAGUCACUUGUAAACUGGCUCAAAGCUGGCACAAAGCCUAUCUAUAUUGGGUUUGGCAGUUUGCCUGUCAUAGAGCCGGAGAAAAUGACAAAGAUAAUCAUUGAGGCUUUAGAAAUAACUAAACAAAGAGGAAUCAUCAACAAAGGAUGGGGUGGCCUUGGUAACUUGGCUAAAGAAAAAGACUUUGCAUAUCUUCUGGACAAUUGUCCUCAUGACUGGCUGUUCUUGCAGUGUGCUGCUGUGGUGCACCAUGGAGGUGCUGGAACAACAGCUGCUGGUCUUAAAGCGGCGUGCCCAACAACCAUUAUUCCAUUCUUUGGUGACCAACCAUUUUGGGGAGAAAGAGUCCAUGCCAGAGGCGUAGGCCCUCCACCAAUUCCCGUGGACGAGUUUUCACUCGAAAAGUUGGUUGAUGCAAUUAAUUUUAUGCUAGACCCCCAGGUAAAGGAGCGUGCAGUUGAUCUUGCAAAAGCCAUGGAAAAUGAAGAUGGUGUUAUAGGAGCCGUGAAGGCAUUCUUCAAACACCUUCCACGUGAAAAACUUGACCCCAACCCUGAGCCCACACCAUCAAAUAUCUUCUCCAUAAGGAGGUGCUUUGGUUGUUCUUAGAGGUGUAUGUAAUCUUUGCUUGCCCAUGAUUUCUAUUCUUUAUUUUUAUUACUGUAUGUUAUAGUAGUAGUAGUUAUGACUCGAGUAGUAGUCUUUGUUGUUAUUUACUAUCAUAUUGACAAAAUUUUGCUUCGACACAAAAUUCCAAGAAUGAUCAACUCUUUCCUCGA